CACCGCUCCUAUAUAAAACACAAACCCAACCUCUGCUCGAUCCCCAUAACAUAAACAAACGCUCUUACGAAUUAUAAAAAUUAAUAAUAUUAAUUCUCUGAAUUUUCCUUUUUCAAUUUCGCGUGGUUAAGGAUGGCUAAGAACGUUCUGGUAACCGGCGGCGCUGGCUACAUCGGGAGCCACACGGUUCUUCAACUUCUCAACGGCGGUUACUCCGUCGUAGUUGUCGACAAUCACGACAAUUCGUCCGCUGCGUCUCUCCACCGAGUCAAAAAACUCGCCGGCGAUAACGGAAACGGCCUCUCCUUUCACGAGGUGGAUCUCAGAGACAGGCCUGCGCUUGAGAAGAUUUUCUCUGAGACUAAGUUUGAUGCAGUGAUACACUUUGCUGGACUUAAAGCAGUAGGUGAGAGUGUUGAGAAGCCUUUGCUUUAUUAUAAUAAUAACCUUUUUGGCACUGUCAUCCUUUUGGAGGUUAUGUCCAAAUACGGCUGCAAAAAUCUUGUGUUUUCAUCAUCAGCUACUGUCUAUGGCUGGCCUAAAGAGGUUCCUUGCACCGAGGAGUCCCCAAUUUCUGCAACCAACCCUUAUGGCCGUACCAAGCUUUUUAUCGAAGAGAUUUGCCGGGAUGUGCAUCGUUCUGACCCGGAAUGGAAGAUCAUAUUGCUUAGAUACUUCAACCCUGUUGGUGCACAUCCUAGUGGUUACAUUGGUGAAGAUCCUCUUGGAGUUCCAAACAAUCUCAUGCCUUAUGUCCAGCAAGUUGCAGUUGGCCGGAGACCUCACCUCACCGUCUUUGGAACCGACUACAAGACGAAGGAUGGUACAGGGGUGAGAGAUUACAUUCAUGUGAUUGAUUUAGCAGAUGGACAUAUAGCAGCUCUGCGCAAGCUAGAUGAUCCCAAAAUCAGUUGUGAGGUAUACAAUCUUGGAACGGGUAAUGGAACAUCAGUCCUAGAGAUGGUAGCUGCCUUUGAGAAGGCAUCCGGAAAGAAAAUCCCUUUGGUGUUGGCUGGACGACGUCCUGGAGACGCUGAGAUUGUCUUCGCCUCAACGGAGAAAGCAGAACGCGAGCUUAAUUGGAAGGCUAAGUAUGGGAUCGAAGACAUGUGUAGGGAUCUAUGGAACUGGGCCAGCAAUAAUCCUUACGGCUACGCCUCCUCAAAUGGCUCCUCUUAAUUCUUGUUCUUUUCUCUUUGCAGUAGUUAUUCAUUUUUAUAAAACACAUAAGAAAAUGCUGAUCAGAACCCACAGUUUACAAGGGAUUACUCCUAAUUUAUCAUAGCAGUUCUUGAUAUUUAAAUCGUCAUUUCUACCUAGUAUAUAGCUUUUACUCGUUUUUGUUAUGUUUCUUAAAAUUGAUAGAUGUAAUCAUUCAGAUAUUUUCUGUUUACUAUGCUUUUUCAGUCCC